AUGGUUGGCUCUUCCUCCCCGGCUGGAAAGCCUGAGAAGACCAUGUCGUCAAACCUAUUGACCAUGAAGUUUAUGCGACGCGCUGCAGCUGCAAAAGAAACUCAAAGUCUAUCUUCUGAUGACAGCUUACACAAUUCCAAGCGCCCCCGUCUCUCCACUGAGGCUGAGAGUCCUCGUACCUCAGAUAUGGAUGCGAUCGCGGCGGCACUUGCUGCCGAGGAAGAAAAGCGGCAGCAAGCUGUCGCACGAGCAGCCGCAGAGGCGGGCGAGACACACUGGGUUCUUGAUAUCCCCACUACACCACAGUCCACUCAGCAGCCUAUGAUAUUGGCGGCAGACUCGCUGGAUGCAGAUGAUGAUACCUACUCCGGUGGACGGCGUGCGUAUGGCAAUUUCAAGCGCAAAGAGCGCAAACCACAAAUCACACCACGGAAGGAGGGCAAUGAGGAUGAUGAGGAUGACGACGAUGAAGAUGAAGAUUUCAUAAUCAACCCGUCGAAUCCACAAGAAGUCGCUAAAAUGAUGGAAAGGGCCAGAUGCAAGGCGGAAGCUAAAGCGAGAGCAAACAGACGACAGACAAAACUAUCUGAACUCACCAGUAUAUCUGGUUCUGGCCGAGGGUCGUUGUUGGGAGCCCCAUCAUCUGACAAGAAGAAGAAGAAGAAGCGUAAGAGCUACUGA